GGAUGGGCAUCUAUCAAUGAACUCCUCAUUGACUCUUUAACCAGAAGCAACAGGUCCUCCAAACAUUUUCUACAGCAAAUAACUCUCAAAAAUGGCGCCAGUCAAUAACGACGAUCACAAUGUCGUUACGAAUGAAAUCAAGAACGUUAUCCAAGACUUGUACGAAAUCAUGAUACAAACGUAUAAUUACGACGGCGUCGGACGACCAACUCGUGAAAUUCUUGAGAAUUCUCUCGUCAAGCUCUCAACUUCUCUCCAAAUCGUUUCUCAUGCCACUGUUCCCGCGGGGCCUCCAACUGGAAAAUCUCACUUCGAUAAGGUUGCGGGAAAGGCCACGGAUCUCGCAUAUGUUCCCCAGGAUGUGAUACAUUAUAUAGAUAACGGACGGAACCCGGAUAUCUACACGAGAGAGUUUGUAGAGGCGGCGAGGAAGAACAAUCAGUUGAUGAGAGGCAAGAUGCAGGCGUUUGGAGAUUUUAGGGAUGUGCUUGCCAGGGAGAUGGAGAACGUGUUUCCAGAAUUAGAGGAGGAUAUUAAGAUGGUUGUAGAUUGUACUACUGACGAGAAGGAGAAGAAAUGAGUGGGCGCUGCAUGCCCACAUAGGUGAGGAUAGGCUGUGAGGAUCUGGGAGAGCAACGGGGAGGCGGGCAACAGAAAUGAGAUCGCAGCUGCGGGACGGAAAAACGGGGAAGAGGGAGUUUAUCAGAGAGGCCAAAAUUCCUUCCGGGUGAGCAGAGUUUCUAGAAAUUUUUACGUUAGGAUUAUGGGGCAUUCAAGGGUUGUGUUUGCAUGGAGUUCCGGAAGAUACAAAUCUGGGAUAUUGGAGUCAUGGGCAGUCGAACAAAUGGGGCAUGAUACCAAUCUAAUGGUACUCGAGACCAAAGGAGUUUCGGUACAACUACCGAUCGGCCAGAAGGGAUGAUGAUGAUUCAGGUGACAUCAUUUAUUAGGUAGUUCAGCUCAUUUACUCAUUUUCUGAUAUCACACUUCAGUAGUGGGACGAAAACAGAAAUAUGUAUGCA